AUGAGUUCAUAUCUUUUUGGAAUUCGCCAAGAAAUGUUAGAUAGCCGAUCGUUUCGUAGUGCGGGUAGCGAACGAUCUGAUGAUAUGUCAUUACGAUCAAUAAGACGUGCAGGUAUACCGUAUAAACGUGAAAAAAUGCCUGUUUCGGUUGGAAUAAUUACGGUAAUUUUGUUUAUUGCUGGUGGAGCAAUUUUAUUCGCUAUUUGGGAGGACUGGAAUCUUUUCGAUGGUGCAUAUUACUCAUUUAUUACUUUAAGUACAAUUGGUUUUGGUGAUAUAGUACCCGGACAAAGUCUCGGUGAAGGUUCACAGGAAAAGCUCAUUGUUUGUGCGUUGUAUUUGCUAUUUGGUAUGGCGCUAAUUGCAAUGUGUUUCAAACUAAUGCAAGAUGAUGUAGUUCGAAAAGCACGAUGGCUUGGACAAAAAAUUGGUAUCCUUGGUAAGACAUUCUAA